AUGGCUCAGCCAGCCAUCACCCCAGAACAUUGGACAGAGCUCAUUGCCGCCAGGAGGCAGAGGCGUCUUUGUUCGGAACACGUGGAAGCGUUGAAGCGCUCAUGCGCAAGCGAAUGUGGGAAAAGACACGUCUCGGAGUGCACAAAAUGCUGGUCCCUGGUCCUCGAGAGGAUGCGCCAGCGCUAUAGCGAGAGCCCAGAGCGCGAAUGGUUUACGUCUAGGAAAGCGUUUUACCAGGAGCUGGAAGGUCUCUUUGCAGACGCGAAGGAGCACAGGACAAGUGUCAGGCAACUCGAGGCGCGGAUAGAGUCGGAAAAGGAAGCGUGGUAUCGAUGGAUUCUUAGGAGACACCAAGAGUUCAUCGUCACCUGCAACGAUCAGACUGUCCACGAGGAACUGAGAAGCAUGCUGGAUGACCCGGACCGGUCACGCGACGAGGUGGUGGGCAUGGUGUGGCGAGGGAUCGGGAAGCCUCCCGACUGGGCGGAGCAUGUAGAUGCAUUUGCCGUCGAGGUUGCCGCCGCGGGGGGGAAUCCGGCCGCCCUUCAGAGGCUCUACGUGAAGGAAUUCUUCAUGGACCAUGAGACGGGCGAGCCGCUGGAAGAUUCGAAGCCAUAUCUGGAUGAAUAUACUUCCAACGAGAGCAUGGGCAUAGAAGAGAUGCUCGGGAAGAUGAGCAAACUGGCGCAAGAGCUCAGGGUUAUACGGCCUCACCGAGAGUCCUUGAUGUCGCGGCUGGACGAUCUUAUGAGGGCCAGGAUGGCCGAUGAGCUGAACAAGAAGCAGCAGGCUAAAAGCCAAGCUCAAGCUGCCGAGGAGCGGAUAGCGGGUGACGAGCUCUACGAUCUGCCUCCCUGUGCAGUAUGCGGAAAGGUCUUGGACACGCACGACGUCUUCUCUUGCACGGUAUGUCAGGCCGUCGCACAGAUUGGAGGCGACCAGGGGCUCACGGUUUACUGCUCUGAGGAGUGCUAUGACGCUGGCCACGCCAAGCACGUUGGGGAGAUGCAUCGAUGCCAUGCUGGAGACGACUGCGUGCAAAACCGCAACAAUGGACAGGACGAGGACGUGGUUAUGGAAGACGAGGCUGCACUAGACGCGUUUGCCUGCAAAGAGUGCGUGGGCUUGAAACGGAUGACACUCUUCUGCUCAGAACGCUGUGCGUCUGAAAACAUUGCCAGCCACCUACAGGAGGAGCACGAGACGAAGAUGAAUGCAGAUGAAGUUUCCAGCCUAAUAAGUUCGUUAUCGGACGAGAUCGAAACGAUCCUUCGUCGAGAGAAUCCCGGACUUCGGAUGGAGUUGAUGUAA